AGGCGCCCCCCCUCCCGCGCUUUCGGGGAAGUGGGGAGGCUGGGCCGGACCGCGAGGCCCGGACUUCGCAAACUCUGCGGACGUCCGUAGCCGAUCCGGGAGGGCUCGAGGCUGCGGGAAGGGUCCCGCAGAACCGCAGGUCCCGCAGAACCGCAGGUCCCGCGUGUGCGUUGGCCCAGACCUCCUUUACCAAGCCUAACCGCAGAGCAUCCCGCCGCGCACGCCCGCCCCGGAGUUGGCCGCUAGAGAGCUGUGGCCCCUCGGUCCCGAACCCGCGUCCAGAGCAGCCCCGAGAUCCACGGGGCCAGGGGCGGGCCGGGCCGGUGGGAUGAGCUGGCGAGCGGGCUGAGUGCGCCCCGGAGCCGCUCCAGCCGCCGCGGGGGACAUGGCAUCUUGGCUCUGGAGAAAGCUGCGUGGCAAGAGGCGGUUGGCGAUGGCAUUCUGCCUCUUAAUGACUCUGUCUGUGGUGACUGUCACCCGCUUGCCCACACAGCGCCCAGCCGCUGGCCCAGAUCCUGGCCCCAUGGAGCCCCAGGGGGUUGCUGAUGCCCCUGCCCCCCAGAGUCGGCAGGCUCUGAGCUCCAGCUGGAGGCAGAGGGCAAGAAGGUUGAGGAGAAGCUGGGCCUUGCCCAGGAGCUCCGUCCUGGUGUGUGCUGAGGAGCAAGGCCACAGAGGGCACGUGGACAGCAGAAGACAGUCCCCAGGGAAGGAGAGCGGCCAUCCAGGGAGGAUUGGGAAUGACAUUACUUUGGCAUCUCCAGAAGACCUGAGACUCAGUACCCGGCGUCUUGUGCUCCUGCAGGGGGAGGCGAUCAGGGGUCCAGGAGCCAAAGACCUGGACCCACCCUGGCACCAUGGUCCCCUCCCGGAGGCACUCAGUGAGACAAGCACCCCAGGUGGCCCCCUUGCAGGGCAUGACAUGUUAGCCUUACAGACUCAGAGAGCUACUGCUGGACUGAUCCUCCAGCCUCCUCCAGAAGGCGGGGGUCUGCCAGGAGUAGGGAACAGAGCCUGGACUGGUGGCCAACAAGUGGGGGGUCCUGCCCCCACCAAAGGGGCUCAUUGGUGGCCUGGCUCUGUUAGGGAGCUGCAAGGGUCUGUCUGGUGUGACACUGAGACCCCUGGGCUGUCGAGUGGCUUCAGGACCAGCAAGCAGGUACCCCCGUGGCUCACAGAGCAGGAUGUGCAGACCCUCCAGCUUCUGGCCCAGGGGGAGGUGGUGGGCAAAGCCCGGGUGCCUGGCCACGGGCAGGUGCUGCUAGUUGGUUUCUCCAGCGAGGGGUCCCUUCAGGAUGCAGCUCCUGGGCUCAGUCAGCUCUGCUCCCAGGGGCUCUGUGGCUUGAUCAAGAGGCCCGGGGACCUGUCCGAGGUCCUGUCCUUCCACGUAGACCGCGUGCUGGGGCUGCGCCGGAGCCUGCCCGCGGUGGCCAGGCGCUUCCACAGCCCACUGCUGCCCUACCGCUACACGGAUGGCGGCGCCCGGCCCGUCAUCUGGUGGGCGCCCGACGUGCAGCACCUGGGUGACCCGGAGGACGACCAGAACUCUCUGGCUUUGGGCUGGCUGCAGUACCAGGCCCUGCUGGCACAUGGCUGUGGCCGACCCAGCCAUGCCCCAUGCCUGGGCAUCCACCACGCUGAGUGGGCACGCCUGGCCCUCUUUGACUUCCUGCUGCAGGUGCAUGACCGCCUGGAUCGCUACUGCUGUGGCUUCGAGCCCGAGCCCUCGGACCCCUGUGUGGAAGAGAGACUCCGAGAGAAAUGCCGGAACCCUGGGGAGCUGCGGCUGGUCCACAUCCUGGUCCGGAGCAGUGACCCCACUCGUCUGGUCUACAUUGAUAACGCUGGCCACCUUCAGCACCCGGAGCACAAGCUGAACUUCCGGCUUCUCGAGGGCAUCGAUAGGUUUCCUGAGCCUGUCAUGAAGGUUCUGGAAUCAGGGUGUCUACAGAAUAUGCUGCUCAAGUCGCUGCAGAUGGACCCAGUGUUCUGGGAAAGCCAAGGUGGGAGACAGGGCCUUCAGCAAGUCCUCCAGACCCUGGAGCAGCGAGCACAGGUCCUGCUGCACCACAUCCGGACGCACAACCUAACAAUCUUCCCGGACUAAGGCCCGUAAGCCCCGCCCAGCCAACCCCAGGUCCUCGAGGGACUCGUAAGCCCUGCCCAUCCAACCCGCGGCCUUGCAGGGCUCGUAAGCCCCGCCCAGCCCCACCCCAUGUCCUGGAGGGACUCGUAAGCCCCGCCCACCCCACCCCCUCCCCGUCCGCCAGGACUCGCUUCACCGCCGGUGAGUCACUCACUACACGACCUGAGGGGAUAAGCGCCCAUCCUCAUGGCCACAAUUUCUUGUGUUGAAAAUGUCUCGAAGACAAAAGGGAAAAGUCAGAAACCAGGAGGGCACCAUGGACGCCGUGGGAUGUGUCGCAUGCUUGGGCUGGUGGAGGAGGUGAUGGGUGUUGGGUUUUCAAUCUCAUCAGGUUCCUUUCUGCCAGCUCAGCUGGCUGAUUAUUCUCCUGCACCAAUAAAUACACAGAAUGUUCUAUGAA